CUCUCUCUCGAACCCAUCUCUCCCUCUCUCAAGCUCUAUUGUCUUGCGCCGGUGAGUUCUCGGAAACAACAAGUUUCAAGCUUCAUAGUUUCAAGCUUCAUCUCGGAAACAACAAGUCUCGGAAACCCAUCUCUUCCUUUGAGGUCUCGGCUCCCUUUGCUUUGAGUGACUAUCUGUUCAAGCUUCAAUGGUAUAUGUCCCUGGAAGUGAUACUGUAUUGUGGAGUGAUGAACAAACACGGUUUGUGCUUCAACUAAGAAUUAAAGAAGAACUGAAAGGCAAUGUGAAAAAUAAGGUUCUCCAUGAAACUGCGAGAAAGACAAUUGCAGAUAAGUCUUAUGAUACAUAUGGGGUGAGGCAUCCAUGGAUAAAUUUUAGGAACAAGUUCAACUCUUGCAAGAAGCAAUAUGGAGCUAUGAAGAGAUUGACUCACAAUAGAACUGGACUGGGAUAUCAUCCAGAUGGCUCAAUAGACAUGAGUGAUGAUUGGUGGGAGCAGCGUUGUAAGGAAUGGCCUGGAGCUAGGAAAUACAAAGAUAAACCAGUGGCAAACGCAGAUCUAGUGGAACAGAUUUUCAUUGGGGUUCAUGUAAGUGGAGCAGAAGGGUGGAGUGCUCAGCAAGGUGAAAAUGAGUUAGACAAUAUGGAGGUAGAGAAUGAUGAUGCCGCAUCUGAAGCAAGGCAAACCGAUCCUCCAGCAAGGCAAACCAAUCCUGAACCAGAUGCUCCCUCAUCCUCUAAUGGUCCACGAGUCUCCAAUGCUCCACAAGCCUCUACUGUCCCAAAGCCUUCUCGGAAAAGGCGGGCAGAACAAGCAGCAGUUGUUAUGAGAAGUAGUCUUCAAUCACGUGAUGAGAUACUCUCUCACAAAAACCACCUAAUAGAAAGCCAUCCAGAUUUGAGUUGCAGUCAGCUUAAGGCUAUGAGUGUCUUGCAUUCACUGUCUAGUAUCAAAAUGUGGUCUCCAUUGUACAAAGCUGCUUAUAAACAUCUCAGGGAAGCUGCUACAAAUCGACAAACGUUCCUAAGUUAUGAAGAUGACGAGAACAAGAUUAUCUAUUUGGAGGAAGAGACCGGUGAAAGCAGAUAUGCAUGAUUUUUAUGUUCUCCUAUCUAGUGUCUAAGUAUUGUGGGAGUUCCUGGUAGAGCUCAUGACACAAAAGUUCUUACACAUUGUGUAAGUAUUGUGCAAUCUGAAAAUGCGAUUCAUCUAUGCAUACGUGGGAGUUCCUGGUAGAGCUCAUGACACGAAAGUUCUUACACAUUGUGUGACACAUGAACCCUUCUUCCCUCAUCCACCAGAUGGUAAGUACUAUCUAGUUGAUUCCGGUUAUCCAACUAGAACCGGUUAUCUAGGUCCGCAUCGUAGAACUAGGUAUCAUCUUGACCAGUUUGCUAGGGGAGGACCACAAACAAACUCUAGAGAACUGUUUAACCGGAGGCAUGCUAGUUUACGUUCUGUGAUUGAAAGAACAUUUGGUGUUUGGAAAGCGAAGUGGAGGAUUUUAGAUAGAAAACAUCCAAAGUAUGAUGUUAUAAAGUGGGUGAAGAUUGUGACAGCAACUAUGGCACUUCACAAUUUUAUUCGAGAUUCAUCUGAUGAAGACCGUGAUUUCACUUAUUGGGAAACAGUAAAUGAGUAUGAACAUCAUGGUGACCAAGCAGUAGAAGAGCUUGAGCAUACUCCAUACCUUCCAUCUGGUGAUAGAGCAAUGGAGAUUCGACGUGAUGCAAUCACUGAAAGGAUAGCAAGAGGAAGUCGACUUCCAUAUUAGCUUCACAUAUGAUAAUCAAGCAGUCACUUCCUCCAGGUUUGAGUGUUCAAGGCAUUUGAAGAUCAUCUUCUUGAAGUCAAGGGAUUAUGUUUACUAUUGUUCAGACUUGAGUUUUUAUGUCAAGAGUUUAUGUUUCAGGUUUGAGUUUUUCAGUUUUUGAAUGUUUUGAGUCAAGACUUUGAGUUUUUAUUUUGUUAUUUUAAGACUUUGAAUUUUGAGUUUAAUGUUUAUUAUUGUUAUUUUAUAAUGUUAUAAACCAUGAAAAAUUGAAUUUGAUAUUUAUUUUUAUUUAUGUCUA